AUGGCUUCUGCCCUCAACAGCAAAAUUCACGCUCCCGGGACUUGCCCGGGCUCCAAAGCCGAUGCCGGAGGUGGCGCCGACUGGAGAAUGGACUGUGAUCCCGAGAUGCACGUGAAAAUGUGCAAGAAGAUCGCCCAGCUCACCAAGGUGAUCUAUACCCUCAACACCCGCCAGGACGAGGCCGAGGCGGGCAUGGAGGCGCUGCGUGAGGCCCACCAGGAGGAGCUGCGGAAGGCGGUGGCCGAGACGGAGGCCAGGCUCCUGCAGGCGCAGGGCCGCGCGGGCGAGGAGGCCCUGAGACAGCGCGUCCAGGCCCUGGAGAGCGCCCUGGAGCUGCAGAAGCGGCUGACGCAGGAGGCGCUGGCCCGGUCGGCCGCGUGCAGGCUGGAGACCCAGGAGAGGGAGCUGAGGGUGGAGGCCGAGCACGCCGAGCGGGUGCUCACCCUCUCCAAGGAGAUGCUGGAGCUCAAGGCCGACUACGAGAAGAGGCUCCGGCACAUGAGCGGCCACGAGGCGCCCGGGUGGGGCGGGCUCGCCCAGGAGGGUCCCAAGCCCCAGGCUGAGCCGGGCUGCGGCCCCGAAAUGCGGGAGGUCCUGCUGGAAGUGGAGCGGCUGCGAGCGGAGAACCAGCAGCUGAGCAAGGACUAUGCUCGGAAGGCUGAGGAGCUGCAGGCCACGUACGAGCGGGAGAACGAGGCCGUCCAGCAGGCCAUGCAGCAGUCGGUGAGCGAGGCCCUGUGGCAGUGGCAGGAGAAGGAGACCGACCUCCGGAAGAACUUCCAGGCCCAGGAGGCGGCCCUGCAGGCCCAGGUCCGGAAGCUAGAAGGGGAUCUGGAGCACAGAGGCCGCAAGAUAAGUGACCUGAAGAAGUACGCCCAGAAGCUGAAGGACCGCAUUCAGGACCUGGAUGUGCAGCUCAAGGAGGCUCGACAGGAGAAUUCAGAGUUAAAAAGCACUGCAGAAAAACUUGGGGAGAAGCUGGCUGUUGCCAAAGACAGACUAAUGUUGCAGGAGUGUCAUGUGACACAGAAAAGCGAUGACAUGAAGACUGAGAGGGUUUCAGAGAAUAAAGUCCUAGGGAAAGAGAAUGAUUUGGAAGCCUGCAGUCUCCAUCCUCAGCAGGAUCAGAACUUUCCCAAGGAGUGUCCAUGCACGAAAGGAGGCACAGAUACACAGACCAAGAAAGAGGCAUGUAUUGAGACAGAAUGUAUGAAGCAAAAAUAUGAAGAAGACCUUCGUAAAAUCAAAGAUCAGACAGAAGAGGAGAAGAAACAUCUCAAAGACCAGCUGGUGAAGCGCCUAGAAGACUUGGUGAAGAAGCACAUGGUGGAAAUCCAAUUAGUUCGCUCAUCAGUGGAAGCUGAGAGGCAGAGGCUACAGAAGGAAGUAGAAGCACAGUUGGAGGAAGUGAAGAAGAAAUCAGAAAAUGAAAUAAAGCAUCUGCAAGAAGAGAAAGAGGCCCUAAAUGUGAAGCUCCAGAAUUCACUGCUUGAGGUUUUAAGGCUGGAAGAAUUUAUCCAGCAGAAUAAUGUACGUCCCCCGAGAGGCAAUGAACGGCCCCAAGAAUUGGACUGCCAGCAAGGCAACAUUUUAGAGACCCAGGAUCCGUGCUUGAGGCCGAAUGAACCCUCUCAGACUCUGCGCAGAGGAGAAGAGUUUCAAGAUAAGUUAGCAGCUGAAGAAGGAACCAACAGCGAUGAAGAGGAAAGGAUCAAAGUGCCCCUCAAGGAGGGAGGUGACCUGCAGCCUCUGCUGGGCUCUUUGCCGAAGGAGAAGGCACCGGAAAUCCAGCGUCUGCAGGAGGAGUGGCAGAGCCAGAAGGCCAAAUUGCAAGCCCAGGUCUCGCAGAUGCAGCAGGCUCUGGAGCAGUGCACCAGCAACUACAGGGAGGACCUGCGGGCACUCAAGCAGCUCUCCGACCGCGAGCUCCAGGAGAGCAUCCAGCAGAAUCAGGUGGCGAAAGCUCAGCUCGAGGCCGCCCACCAGCGAGCGCUCCGCAUGCUCGAGAAGGCCAAAAACCAGGAAGUCAAGGUAAGGGUGCUAACGAUGACGUCCACUAACUACUACUGAGCACUUGCUGUGCAAGCACCUGCUCGGCGAUUUAUGAGGUGCCUUAUGUACAUUAUCUCCAGUCCCCACAAUCAUCUUACGAGGUCAUUAUUAUCAUAUUCUCUUUCUGGAUGAGGAAAGAGGCUCAGAGAGGUUCAGUAACUUGCUCAGGGUCACACAGCUAGUAAGUGGCAAGACAAGGAUUCAGACUCAGGUCCCUUGAGCUUCUGGUACUGCUUUUCCCCAUCUGCCCAUGAUCUUGAUAUUGUAAGAACAACUUUCUUUCAUGACUUGGGCAAUGUUAUGCAUGAUGUGUGCUAAGGAGUCAGGCUCAGCCUGGCAGCUGAAAAGAGGAGGGCAGCCCAGAGUUGAGAAAGACCAGCUCAGCAGAAAUAGACCUUCCGAAGGGCUUGGAAAACAAUGAUGACCUCGGCGAUGUGUAAUCAGCAGGGAGGUUCAGGCCCCUUUCACCUGUCACCUCUACCUUCUGCUUUCUCAGAAGGCCUUCCCUCCCUGCUGUCUCAGGAGAUGGGCUCCUACUCUUCUGUUACAGAUAGCACACUGUCACUACGGGCUUCACACAGCGGGCUGGCUUCACACGCUAAUUCCCUCUUUAUAUGAUCAAAUUCACCAAACUGGAAGCCCCUUGAAGCCAGGAACCAUCUCCACCUGUCCAUUACCGAAUCCUCUCCUAGCUCAUAGUAACUAGCUACUCAAGGGUCUCAUUGAAUUAAAGCCUCAAGUUUAAUUUCUCCUUCUAUAAAUUGGGGAUAUUGAGACCCACUUGUUUGAGAUGUCAAGAUGAUUAAAUGAAAAAACGUGGGAGUUCUGGUUUUAAGGUGUCAAAAUAAAGACUUCUGAAUUCUUUCCUAUUGGAAAUGCUCUAAAAAACCAGUAAAGACACACAGCAGAAGCAUAUUCUGUUCAGAUGAAGCUGGGAGACAUCUGUACCCUUGAACCACAAUAUAUGAGGACAGGAAACAAAUGGAGACAUAGUAUAUGACCGUGCAGAGCAGAGAGGCUCAAACCAAAGUGCCUGAAGACAGAGAAGGACGAGAAUCAAGCUGACAGUGGAACUCAGAGAAGCCAGGAAUUGGAGGCACCAGUUGAAACAGAAGGCAAGAGUGAGGUGGAGGGUAUGACUCACCUAGAAGCCCAGAUUCCCAGCUUACCCAGCACAGGCAGCCAAUUACCUCUGUCUUAUUUAAGGACAAGAGAUUGGGGUGGGGGCAGCGAUCCCUGGGUAAACUAAGCCAGAGAGACUCUGAAUUAGGAAGUACCAGUCACAGAGGCUGGGAUGAGGCUUGCAUCUGAGACUAAGUUUAGGUGAAAAUCUGUGUACUGAACCAUUCGGUGGACUACAGUCACCUCUGUCACACCCCCAGCAAUGCUUUCUCUGCUCAGCUCCAGAAAACAAGCAGCUAGAACCGAGAUCCCCAGAGGAACUCACCAUCCAACAGAUGCCCCCCUGCUGCACCACCCCAGGUACAGAUGGAGUUUCUGAUUAUCCUUCAGUGCCCACUCUUAAAUAUGAAGAGACAGCAGAAGAUUACUAAACUUUCGAGGAAGUCUCUAAUGGGAGAGUGGGAAUCCAAGAUUAUUAAGAGGAAAAGAAUGAACUCAGAGGAAAUGGCUAAUGCGGGGAACAGAAAAAAAAAAUUCAAUGAGGAUUGAUGUCCUCAGAAUUAAGAGAUUAGAUUUGCAUCCAUGAAACAAGGACAACAUGUUAUUUGCAAAGGAGGGGGCAAUUAGAGCAAGAAAGAGUUCUUUUAAAAUAAAAAACAGGAUAGCAGAAAACUUAAAAAUCAGUAAAUGAGUUGAAAUAUAGAAAAUGAAGAAACCUUCCAGACAGCAAAGUAGAAAGACAAAGAAAUGGAUGAUGGGAGAGAAGGAACCAGAAGAGUAGAAACACAAUCCAGGAGGCUGAUAUCUAGCAAAUAGGAGUUCCAGAAAGAGAUCAUGGAGGGGAGGAGAUUUUCAAAGAAAUAACAGAAUGAAAUUCCUAUAAGGAAAUGAAAAAGACCCGACCCAGGCUUGUCUUGAAACUUCAGAACACCAAGGAAACAGAAGAAAUUCUAAAAGCUCCCAACGAGGAAAACUGGUACCAGCCUCAAAGUACUUGAAUCCACAUGUCAUCAGACAUCUCAACAGCAACAGGGAAGCAAGAAGAUCAUGAAGCAAUUUUGAGAAAUUCAGUUAAAACCAUUAGCAAGAGUGAAAAUUGAAUAAAAAUAUAUCAGACAAAUGAAAUAUUAGGACAUUUACCUUCUGUUAUCAGUUUAUGCCUCUCAGCUCUUGAUGCCUGCUUGCGAUAAUGAUCUGGAUUCUUUAAGCAUUUCUCCUCCUUUACAGAGAGCACAGUGUUAAGCUUUGUCAGUAGAAGGCGCUGGAGGCACCUUGCAGGAAGAAGGAGGCUUCUCUUCCUGGUUCUGGCAGUUGCAUUUUUCCUCUGUUUCUGGCUUCUGUUGCACAGUUGAACAGAGUUCUGGGUGUGUGAGGACAUCAGGUGAUACUCCCCCAGUGACUUCACGGUGAUCUCGUAGCCCUGGUCCAGGCCCAGUGACUACCAUCCUGUGGCCUCCCGAUGUGGACACCACAGACUCCAUCCUCACACCUGCACACCCUGACUCUUUCUGGGCUCCUGCCUGUUGGCUGCUGUUGCCUGCACCUCAGAAGUUUGUUUCUUGCAACGCUCCCAAGGCAAACACUGUUCCCUCUGGCCCUCAUGCCUGCAUUGGUGCCCCCGUUCCCUCUGGGCACCUGCCCAUCUGUGGCUCACCAGCGCUGUGGAGGGUUACUCCUGCUUGCCUCUGGCCUGGGCAACCUGGUGAUCUCCAUCCGUGAGCUGCCACCACACCUUCUCCAACAAGGUCUGGAUCCCAGGCUGGGGAAGGGCUCUCCCUUCCAAGCUUUCCCUUUCUUGAAUGCUCUCCCUCAGCCUCAGGAUACCCUUCAGAGUUCUCUUUGCAUCUCUACAGUUACUCUCCUAUCAGAGCUUAAUAGUUCUUUAGGUUCAGUUUCCCUUGUUUAAAUUACUGUGUGGUUUCUGUCUCCUGUUGGACCCAUACAUCUUCCGUACACUUUUCCUUAGAAAGUUCCUUGAAGAAUAUCCCACCAAAACAAGGAAGCAAAUCAAGAAAGAGGAAAGAAAAGGGAUCUAGGCUACAGAGAAUCCAACACAGGAGAAGGAAGGUUUUAGGAGCCCAGCUAUGCCACUGGCUGAGGGAACGACUCAGUCUAGACUGGAGCAUGAUGAUUGAGGGCUCUAGAAGAGACGCCUCCGAGGAAAAAUAGACCUGAUGGUUUCUCUGACCGAUUUGGCCAUGUGAAAGAUUGUAGUGAAAGUAUUUUACAAAGCUUUUAGAGGUUGUAGGAAGACUUAGCCAAAUAUCCAAAGAAAACUAAGCAAAUUAAAAAUGCAGUAGUUAUUAAUGCAAGGAAAAACAAAACUAUGUAUAAGGUAGAUUUUAAUAAUUAUAGUUCAUUUAGCUCAGCAGUAAAUGGUACUUACUCACAAGAAGGAUAAAUACUGAAUAUAUUUUACUGUAUUUAAAAAAGCAAGAUAACUGUAUAUAAGGAAUGGAAGGGGAAGAAUGUAUGAGACCAAAAUCCUCAUCCACCAUAAUGGGAAGACAAUUCAUAAUUUCUAAAAUAAUCAAGAUAGAGCGGGGCUUCCCUGGUGGCGCAGUGGUUGAGAGUCCGCCUGC